AAUUUUAAAUAUCUAGGGACCUUGUUUUGACAAAUCACACGUAUACAUUGGAUAAGAAGCGACACCAGCAGGGGUUCGUUUUCAUUUGAGUGGCAAACAUUUUAACUGUGUGAGCAAUUCUUCCGCAUUCAGAACAAAGAAAAUAAAAUAAAAUAUAUUAAAACACAGACACAAACUUCAGACUCAAUAAACCUUCUUCUAUUUAAACCAUGCUCUAUUAUUAUUUGUAAGUAUGGCGCAAAAAAUGUCAUAUGGUUCUAAGCCGGUGGAAUAUUUAUUGAGCCGGAAGAUUGUGUCGUAGUUUAAAUUCAUUCCUCUGUUUUCGAUUCUAAAUAUCACUCAUUCAUUUAACAUAUUAUUAAUGUAUUCAAAUCACAAUUAACGUGCACCUGCUGGCGUCGCUUAUCUUAGCAUGUAUGUAUACGUGUUGGACUUGCCGAAACGGAGUCUAGAUAUCACUAUCGAAAGUGAAGCCUAAUUAUUUGUAAAUAUGUCAUGGAAAGAAGCCAUAGAGAACAAUUUCAUCGUUCAGCACCAGUAUGGUACAUACGGCUGGCUUUGGCCAAGUACCACGAUAGUGUCGAGCAUAUGUAAAAUUACCUCAACUACAAAAGAGAAUCCAUUUAACUGGGCUGGCAGUAACUGGACAAAUCAGCAUGCCGAGAAACGUUUCCUUGACGAACUUGAAAAUGAAAUUGCAAAACACCAUAAAGUAACAAAAAUAGAAGCAAAACUGGUUCAAAACUACUCGCCCUGUUCGGAUUGCGCAAACGCCUUGGUCGAAUUCAAAGAGAAGAUGCAAAACAAGAACAUUGAGUUUUCUUUGACAAUAGAAUUUGCGAACGUUUACUGUCAUAAAAGAUCCCAGAACAGAAAAGGUUUAAGGAAGCUGUCGUCGACAUAUGGUAUAGAAUUAAAGUUACUUCAUGAUUGGAAAGCGUUCUUGGAAAGUUUGGAACGCAUUGAUAAAUUGACCACAGGUGAUAAAGAUACAUUACUUAAAAUGGCACGGUCAAACGAAAGACAGAAUAACGAAAAGCAGGGUGCUGAAAUCCUUGACGAGAUUCUCCGAGAACAAGGUAAGCAAAAACAAAUGAAGGAACACAACUAAAUUAAGGUUGUCCUUCCAAAUUCAAAAUAGCAAAACAUAACACUACACGAAGAAAGCCUUACAAAUACAACAGUACCGAUACUUAUAAUCAAUUAAUAGUUAUCAACAAUCAAUUGGUAAUGUAUUCAUCGUAAUACAUCAAGAUACAUUUACAGUAGGUUAUUCAUAGUCAUAUAUAAUCGAUUGUUACGAGUAAUCAAUUAGUAUGUUAUAUAAUCUAGACUAUUUAUAUAUCGUAAAAGAUUUCAGCAUUUCGCUCAAUUUUGAUCCUGGACAGCGCGAUCUUUCUAGAACACGCUUCGAUUUUGAGUGACAAAGGACAGAGACAAGAGGAAAAGGGUAUGAAACUGUGACUGACCAAACGUUCCUUUCUAAGGGCACCAAAUAUAUGGGCCCGCUUACCGAGACAUUCCUCUUACCUAUAAUCUUUCUAGAAUUACUUUACUAUAAAAAUUUACAUCGUGUUAAUUAUUUGAAGCACUGCAGUAUAGGUUGAUCCGCUAGCCGAGACCAUGUGCACACUUAAUUAGCAGCUUAUACUAAAUAUAUACAAAAUUUCGGAUUUGCCGUUUUAUUUGUCGGUUUUUAUUUAGUUUUAUGUUUUUUAAGAAAAAAAACCAACAAAAAUAGGGUACAGUAUAACACUUUUGGAGUUGAUUCAAUUCCUUGAAAUUUACAGUGCAUAUAAAUCAGUUUAAAAUAACAAAAUCGUUAAAAUACUUGCGUUGCAUGAGUGUUUUGCAAGAGGCAUAAUUAUUGUAAUUACCCUGGAAUUCCUGACAGCAGGAGGGAUAAAAAAAUCAUACGAACACACAGAAAUAUUCGUCGACUGCCUCGUCCCCAGUCGUUCCUUAGUUGCGGGCGUGCGUCUUUAUCGGGCUUGCAGUGCACGCGCUGAUCUAUAUAUUACCAAUAUUUAAAUUUGAUCUAUAUAGAGGAGCCUGCGGAGGAGGCAGAUUCGUCGAAGCAAGAUAUCGCGUUAGGGGGUCUCAAUCUGUAUGAAAGUAGUUUCGGUUUUCAAGCAAUAUUCCACGCUGCAAAUUGACCUGUGAAUUUGGAAUGUUGACGUUACAGUCCAUCAAUUGCCGAAAAAGAUAUUGAUCGAAUAAUCGGCAGCAGCUCUAUAUACAGAUGAUUUGUUUGCAAAGUAAGAGCAUGUAUACCCACCAUGUGUAUGCCAAACCUCACAAGUGUUUACUUACAGCAAGUGGAAUACUUUCAUUCAAAAUUUCACAGUUUACUCUAUCAUGAACGGUCUCCAAAUGAAGAUGAAAUGUACGUUGUUCGACGUCGUGGAAUAUCUUCAGGCAAUGCACGAACCUUAUUCGUCAAUGCCCACUAAAUUAAUAGACUUUUAUACUUAUAAGACAAGUAUAUAUAUAGACUAAUUUGACUUCAUUUUAGACAUCACUUUUGAGCCGAUGCUCUUUUGAGCUAUUAUGAUUGAUUCCGUCUGUCUAGAUAAAAAAAUUAGUCGAUAUAGCCGGAAUCAUCUAUUAAUCCGGUUCCGUGUCAACAUGUACGAUUCCGAAUUCAUCCAGGCCAGUGUGAACGCAGUAACUCACGGGUGUUCGUUGCGGAUUAGAGUUCGGUUUUAUUAAAGGAGUACGAAACUGGAUGCCAAGUUUUGCGAUUAGCAUUUCUACAGCGCAAAUUUACAUGUAUAGAUAUGAUCAAAUGCGCAUUACAUCAAGUAUUGCGCUUACCUAAUUACAUAUUUAGCCUGGAUUGUUUUAUCUUUACAACAAUUGUGAUAUUAAUUUCUUAACUGCGCGGUUUAUCCUAACCCACCCUGUCAACUUUCCUUGUGGGAGGAAAUCGGAGCACUCACAGAAAACCCACCACUUUCGCCAGAGCGUUGACUGACUCUUGUCGUGUGCUCUGACGACUGCGCCACCGAAGCCAUCCCAAAUUUAUUGACAUCACCCGCAACGAACACCCGCGAGUCAGUCAACCCCUUCAAAGAUGUUAGGCUAACUUUGAUCCUGAAAUUAUAAUACACAUAUUUACUUAUUUCAACAGAUGCGGAUCCUAAAGAAUAGCGCAGCAAAUAAUGUGUUUCUGUUGAAGAUAAAAUGAAGAAGGUGAAAAUGAUGACAAUAACCAUGGCAUAUAAUGCAAUAACUUUGAUCGUAAUACACAUAUUUACUUAUUUCAACAGAUGCGGAUCAGCAAAAGUUCCGUAAAAUCCAAGAAAUAAAUAUGAUGAUGAAAAUUAAGAUAUAAACAAUGAUGAUGUUGUUGAUAAUGAUAAUAUAGACAUGUAGAUGAUCAUGUAGAUAUAUAUAGACAUGUAGUACAUGCAUUUGUAAUAAUUUAAUAGCAAGAUCGAAUCGACCAAAGUAAAUAAAUAUUAAAAGCGUCUACCUGUAGCUUUAGACGAUUUUUAAGUACCGCUUAAAACCUAAAAUGCACAACAAUGUAGAUGUGUUUGGCAGAGCAUCAUGUUGUUAAAUAUAGCCCUCACUACAUGUACAUUGAUUUCAAUUUGCAUUGCUUACAUUGUAAUGUUUUUAGUGUACUGUAAUGUUAAUAAAAUAGAGUUAUUAAAAAAACAUGAGUGUUUAUUGGACGUUUAUAUUUAGUAGAUAUGACAAGUAUGACUGUAUAUUAGAAUCAAUUUAUGUUUACUUAAAAAUGUGUAGUUGUUCAAAGCGGGAUUAGUGCUAUAACCAUGGGUUUGGAGUUAACAU